AUGAGAAAAGCGAAAACGACGUCGUUUUCUUCUCUGGAUGUUAACGUGGGGUUUAAAGUUUUGUUCGUUUUGACUAUAGCCACGGGGAUAUACGCCGUGGCUACAAGUCUUAUCACCGCUCCUGCGGUUUUAGUACUAAUGGGCAUUGUUUUGUUUCUUCUUGCUCCUCUGGCUAUUCCAACUGGAAUUAGGUUAGAAGAAUUUGUGUCCUCUAGCAGAAGUCAACAAAAGGUAUACGACUUAGAAGUUUCUACGGAAGAAGAUGAAAAGAAAGAAGAGGAAGAAGAAGAGUUUGAUGAGAAGGCGAGAGCUGAAGUUAAAGAAGAGGUCGAGUGGACAAAACUAUGGAAGAAACUAGAUUUUUGGAUAUAUUUUGGACUUUAUUUGUUUGGUCCAACGGUGGGGAUAGUGUUUAUGAACAAUCUUGGUCAAAUAGCUGAGUCUCGUGGCUGCGCCGCGACCACUUCCUUGGUCGCUCUCUCGUCCUCGUUCAGUUUUUUCGGCCGCUUGCUUCCUUCGUUACUCGACUACUUCUUCUCUAGGAACAAAUACAUGCCAUCAAGCCCGGUUUCUAUGGCGGUCUCACUGGUAGCAAUGGUUGCUUCGUUUCUACUCCUCCUCAUAGACUCCGACAUUGCUCUCUACGUCAGCACGGGGUUGAUCGGCGUCUCCUCCGGAUCAUUAAUUUCUCUCUCCGUCACAACCACUGCUGGUCUUUUUGGGACAAAGCAUUUUGGAGUUAAUCACAACGUUGUUGUCGGAAGUAUUCCUAUUGGUUCUUUCGCUUUUGGUUCAUUUGCAGCUAAAGUUUACCGUGAUGGAGCUGCCUUCGAUGGACGUUUUGAUGGGAAGUGUUUUGGGAUGAAUUGCUUUCAAACCACUUUGAUCUUUUGGGGAAUGCUUUGUUCUAUCGCCGCAGUUUUAGCAACUGUUUUAUAUCUACGCAACCGCAAGUUCUACUCACAGAAACUGUAG